AUGGAAAACUUUGUAUUGUAUGAGGAAAUAUGCACGUGUGAUGAUCAGGUAAUCUACAAAGCUCGAAGAAAAGGGACAAUUACUUUUCUUGCCAUUUCUUGUAUUGAUAAGAAAAGGCGAACCCAUGUCACAAAUCAUGUUCGCUUCUCUCGUGCAUUGAAGCAUGAAUACGUGCUUAAGUUUUACGAGUGGUACGAAACAAGCAACCAUUUGUGGGUCGUUAUGGAUCUUUGUACUGGUGGGACCCUGGAAAGAAUGCUUCGAGAGGACAAAAUGUUUCCAGAAUUUGCAAUGGUGGAUAUUGGUCGACAGUUGGUUGCUGGCCUUCAGUUCAUACAUUCACAUGAAGUCGUUUUUGCUGAUUGGUUUCCAACAAGAAUAUUCUUGGACGGCAGUGGAAAUAUAAAGUACUUUGACUUUUCAUACGCUCGAAUGGUUGGUGAAAAUGCGGCUGAUAUAUUUUCAGGCGGUGAAAUCGAUGAUUCCAGGUUCGAUGGGUUGUCUCAUUCAGCACUACCCUAUAUUGCCCCCGAGGUUUUGUCUGGAGCGCCUGCAUCUAAAGCCUCUGAUGUGUGGAGCCUAGGCUGUAUAUUCUUUAGGAUGUUUUUCGGUGUUGUUCCCUUUUCCUCACAGGUUCCAUCGCAUAUGAUAUGCACUCGAAAAGUGGAAAUUCCAAUUCAGUGUACUCGGAAACCCAGUGCUGAUUUAUGGGCACUACUUUGUGCGAUGUUGACCAAAGAUCCAAAAAGUAGGAUAACUCUCGAAGAUACUCUAAAUCACAAUUUUUGGCUGUUAAAACCUACACCUGAAGACAAUCCUCAAGAAGUUUCUUCAAAAGAUGCCCCUAAUCACCCCAGUCAUCCAGUCACGGUUGAAAAGAAAGACACUUUAACCUCCUCCAACAUUGUCACGAAAAGAAACGGGAUUGCAAAUGCAAAUAGCAAGGGACAAUCUCUUAUAGAAGAUGCCGCCAUUAAGACAUUGAAACGAUCCCUUUCCAUGGGCGAUAGCGCCUUAGCUAGUGCUGCAUUACUUCGAAAUAAAACUUCACUUAAAAAACCACCACCAUUGCAGAAGGAGGCAGUAAAUACAGGAGAGGAUGCUCCUCACGUUAGACUUCGCUCACAGACUCCUGCUUCAACGGACCACGGUAUACCUGUGGGUGAUGCCAAUUUUACUCUCCAUGCUCAAGCUUGUCCAGUCUCCAUGAGAUCCGAUGUUUUUGAUCCCUAUGCCAAAACCAAGAUCAGUCUUACCACUAGCAGUAACGAUGAGUCAGUAGACAUGAGCUCUCAAAGCAACUAUAAGAUGCCUGCUACACCGAAUUCUACAAAAACGACAUUCUUUGGUUCAAAUGAUAGCCUACAUCCUCCUACCUCUCCAAUGCCAGUCGAGGAAAGGAUGAUAAAAAGUGAAUAUUUGUUUCGCAACUCUGAUAUAUCUAGUCGAUUCGAAAGCGGCCUGCUUCAUCAGUCACCCUUGUCUGAUAGGAUUGCUUCUCUCAUCUCACCACAAACUCGUGCUAAAAUAGCGCUGCUUUAUCCCUGGGGUGAUGAUGCCCUUACCCUGCCUCAAGAGGUAACCAUACCCAUUGGACAAGAUUCUCGGGAAUGGGAGGACCUUUUUAUAUCUAAUGAACUUGAAGAAUUCAGAAUCCCACGAGAGAUUAAUGAGAAGAGCCUUUUUGGAUACAGUCCUAAGUUUACUUAUACUCCUCAACCACUCGGCGACUACAAAAAGUGGCUUCAGAAUCCACCGAAAGCGGAAUUGUGGCUUCCUUUAGACCUUGCAGUGCUAUCUCCUUCGGUGAUUAAUUCCCUAACAAAUGAGGAAAUUAACAGCUAUUCCUCUAAACUGCUUACCCAAAUGAUGGACUCGCUUAGACUUCAAGAUCCGAAAAAUCGACCCUCUACCUUCCUCAAUUACGUUGUCUGGUUUCUUGCUGUAACUACGCUAGAGUGCAAACCAACUGACUCCUCAGACCCACUCGAUAAGGCCAGUGUCAAGGACAUUAUCUCAAGGAUUAAGUAUUACCUUUCUGGUGCAGCGUCUCUAUUGAGGCUUGAUACAAUAUCUACAAUUGGAAGGACAUGGCUGCUUAGAAUCAUUUCACUCUUGGCCUAUCGCUCCACCUUUAUGAUUCAACAGGUGAACGAAGAUCCAAAUCGUGAAUCACUCAUUCGUUCACUCAUUAUCGAGGUAGCACCGGAGUUACCACCUAUUCUCUCAACUGUGGUGGAUGUUCUAAGAGAACCUGCGUUUAGAAACGUCUUUCCACUGAAACAGGCCGGUAUCAUUGCACUGGGUGAACUUAUAAUAUGCGAGAUGUGUAUCUACAGUCGUAUUCUGUUAGAUCCCACCACCUAUGAUGAUCUAGUAUCUCAAAGUUUAGACAUUUCAAAAACACAAUGGCAAUCAGUCGUGCUUCGAAUAAUCCGCUCUCUCUCUCCAUCUACUUCACGUGCUGGGAAUGCCUCUCAACAUCAAUAUCUUCCACGAGGUCCGGUUAAAUCUCUUGAAGGUGGAAAUUCUUCACUUUCAUCAUCUUCUAGAACAUCUUCCACAGUCUCAGCAAAUGAGGAUACCUUUCGACUUGCAGCAGCACGUGUUCUCAAUGAAACUGUUAUUGUGGUGAUUGGUUGUAAAUUGACGCGAAUUUUGCAACUUUUUGACGUACAGAACUUUAGUAGAGAUCAUCCGAGCGUAAAAUUAGCCAUCACUCUAUCCUCCUCAGUCAAUACCUUUUUGGAUUGUCUUCUCACACCCGAAACUAUCAGUCGUGUUUGGGCUGACGGUGUGAUGGGUGGUGGUGGCGAUGUCAAGCCAUCAGUGUCCACAACAGCUCCAACGACUUCAACUAACCAACAAGUUGCCCAUGCCUCUGUCAGUGCUUUGACCGGUCUAAUUAGGCUUCGGCCUUCUCUCUUUAUGUGUGGAUUGAUUGACAGAAAUGGAGCAACUGCAUUUAUGCAUAAACUCAACCCUACCAACGGGGCUAAAGGUCAAAAUACUACUUUUAUGGCCUACCUUUUAUCCGCUACGGCAACAGGUCUGCUUCUCCCGCUCUCCUUCCACAGUAAACCAUCUGGUGCAUCUCUACUGCGAGCUGGAAUGAAAUCGGGUACUCCUGUGGCCUGUCGUCGUUUCCUCAACAAUUCAUGUUUCUUAGCCUCUAUAAUGCGCCAACUUGAAUCACCACAUGCAAUGCUGCGUGCUAAGGCCUACUUACUGGCAGCAGCUGCAUUGGAUUCUGCCUCAACUGUUUGUAGUAAGACCCUGAUCACCGCUUGUGAUGCUCGACUUCCAUCCUGUCUGGAGCGUGAUUUAAGAAUGACCAAUCAGAAUUACAUUCCCAGGGCCUUGCUAGAUGAAAAUAGUGUAUUCUUUUCUGGCGAGAGUGGGAGUCACAGUCAGUUGACUGCAUCCACGUCGCCUGGAUUACAAUACUUGGGAAUCUGUGUCAAACACCUUUUGGACCUAAUUGUUCACAGUCUGAUCCCAAAUAUUUGUAAACAGGUGGCUGUUGCAAUUGGAGCCUAUGGCACUGCAUACACUACGUCAGCCAAACUUCCAUCCACCAUGGCCUCGAACAUUUAUCGGGAGCGAAGUAAACGUACUGUUUCAUCCGCUGGUGCAGUUCGUCAGUCGCCUAUGGUACAAGGCUCGCGUCAGCCUACUUCAACCACUACACCCGGAGUGUCUCUCAAGACCUGCCUCCCUGCCUUUCUCUGUUUGCCGGGUAUCUUAACCUCCUCCGCGUCAGUGCGAAAUCGCCUCCUCCUUCCGCCACGAGACUCACCUGCUGACGGGGAGGAGGACUUCUGCCUAAUUGAAUUUAUCGCAAGAAUUUUUGAUCACUGGACUUCGUCGAUGGGCACUCUCACAGGUGUGCACCGUCCGGAAAGCCCAGAGAAUCAGCUUCUGAAUGUGACACUGGCACUAGCGGAGGAUAUAAGUCGACAGGUAGAUGUGGUGGAGGGUCGUCGAGCCGACCUCAUUAAAGUCCUACUUCCAGCCAUAGCUCGACUUGCUGUUGCUCCAGCCUCCGAUUCUAUCAUUCGGACUAUUUGUGUAAAGAUCAUUUUGGAUAUGAAGAACAUCUGGUGCGGUGGAGGUGAGGACACUGACUCGUUGGCCUCUUCCAACAUCAGUCUAAACUUGUCGAAGAGUCCCUCGGGUCGAUUGUUUGGACUUACUCGUUCACCGCUCUCCAGUGAUCUACUGAAUUCCAAACCCUCUGUUGCACCACGUGGAAGCGGAGUUAAUCGUACGACCUCCCUUCGCAGUGGGGAGAAUAAACGACCUACCUCGUCCUCCUCUUCCUCCUCGGUCAUUUCCACCCGAUCCUCUUCACGUGUCUCCUCCUAUCGGCCUAACAGUUUCUAUGGGAGGAGUUCCACUGGAGUUAAUACUCUCAAAGGCUACAAAGUUACCUCUACUCUGAAGAACAACUUUCAGGGUCCCUCACCCGAAGUCCUGCUUGCUGUUAUGGAUAUUGUCAAUAAUCUCCUCAUUCCAUACGCCUCCCUACUAUUGGGCCACCGUGACGUCGCCCCUUCUACCUACUUCCUGCGCCUCCUUUUAGAUUGUCUCCAAUUAUCACGCCAUUCCACUGACUCCUCACCUAACCAUAUCUCCUGUACAAACAGUUAUUGGUCUUUUGUAAAAAUUUGGCAUCUCUCCGACCUACCCCUCUGUUUAAUAUACUUUAUAACCGGUUGUGAUUGUGGCUCUCAACGUUUCUCUGUUCGGUGCUUUCUUGCUCUUCGUCUUCUCUCCAUUCUUACCUCGCAAUUGCCUCAAGACUCGGGUCUCAUUCAACUCCUCCUUGACCCCUCCAUUGAACCGACACAAAAUCCUCUCUCUGUUGUGUACAAUAUACUAGUUGGUAUGGGUGGGUCCAUCCUUCGACGCGGGCGAUAUGAAUCUACUGUUGAUGCUUCGACUCAUCAUCCGAUUCGUUAUUCUCGUUCCGCCACUCCUUCCUCCUCUCAAGGACGUUCAAUUUUACUGAAGAUUUCGAUUAAAACUGCUGGUGUACGACAUUUGCUUGUGGCGUUGGAAUUGCUCAACACAUUGUUGAAUUUGCUAACAGAUGUGGUUCGUUACGCUUUGCAUUGUCGACAAAGCAAGUGCACAGAUCAUUCACAACUGUGUCAAUCCCUACGAAAUGGUCAACAUGAAUACAGCAUUACCGAUUAUUUACCCAAAAGUCCAGAGGGCGUUUGCUCCGUUGCAGAGCGGCUUCUUUCGUUGUCUCGACCACCCAAACAUCUCCCAGGCAUUCUUGCCUCCCUUCUUGAAGCCUCCUCACCCGACACCACUGACAGAGAUUGCGUGCUCCAUAGUACAGAUAACGAACAGGAAGUGGCCUCAAGUCUCGUCACUUUAGCGACUAGAGCAUUAGCUAGUCUAGCUUCACUCUACGGUGGUGAGUACUGUCGUACAGCUCUCUCAGCGGCAGGUUUGCGUGGUUUCACAAUAGCUCUCCGUCGAAGUGGUCAUCGUGAAGGCAAACGCCUCCUUCUACGCAUUCUUCGACGGCUCUCCGAGUCUGACAAUGUGUGCUUGGGUCGUAUGACUGGACCGGCGGCUAAACAUCUACACUCGGUGAUUUGGAAGCUGCGUUCAGUUGACGAUACUGUCGGUGAUUGUGUAAAUCAGGACUCCGUGACUAUGCGUUUAGCUCGAGCCCUUUUGGAGCAUCUACAACCACAUCCUGGCACUCUCCUGACCUUUCAAUCGAACCUCCGUGUGGAUUGGAUAGGUGGGUCUGUCCAAUCACUGGACAGUCAACUGACACGUUGGCGCAUUCGGGUUGUGUGUUCGUUUUUAUGUGACAUUGACAUUCGUGCCUUCUCCUACGAGACGGGGGUAUAUUCGCCUGACAAUGAGGCUUUGAAUAGGACCCUCAAAGGAAAUGUCUUAAUCAUCGCGCAUGUUGUUGGUGCAAGAAGAAAACCGUCAGGUGGAAAUGAAGCCACUCAUAGUCGACUGUUACUACAGAUACUUCUUGAAGUGGAAAAUUCCGUAUCUCCUUUUCGAGGUCUACUUCUACGUAAUGAAUGGGGCACAGUGGAACGCAUGAUUCUGCCCUCUUUAUACGAUUCGUCCGAUUUGCAAGUCAACUUUUUUAAAGCUCUUGCUGGCAUCUUUAACUAUCAUUAUGCAUUUGUACCAGGCGUGGAAUAUGAUACAUCUGGAAGGUGUCAAACUUACUAUGCUGAAGUGGAGAAUGUGGCUGAGGCGUCAAGUCUGACCAACGUUAUGGUCAUUGACAAGCAGAAGGUGUUGUGUGAACCUCUGGGUCAACCAAUAGAUGCUGGUGUGUGGAGCGCAUCUCCCAUGCUGAAGGAUAGUCGAAUCACUCACAGUUGGAUCAGAUACUAUCUGGAACGUAACACCGGUCUACUGAUGAAAGCUAUGACACAUGAGCAACACAAAAUUACCUUUUCUCUGGAUCAUGACACUUCUGGCAAGGCUGAUAUACAAGUUAGUGGAGCACAAACGCUCGAGGUAUUGGAUGAGGCGAGUAAGGAAAGAAAGAAGGUUAUUCAGAAGCUGGGUGGUCUCCUAAAAACGACUAAGUCUACUGAAUUGUCAACUAUGGCUACAGAACUGUUAAGUGGCACCUACAAAGUGGAGCACCUGGCACUUUCUAUUCCCCAUCAAAGCACUUCAACCGGUUGUGGUAUCCAAUCCGUGGCGUUUGAGGAGGAGACCCUCGAAAGUCCAUCUGUUGCUCUCUCGUUGCGUGCUUUACAGGAGAAAUUGAAAGAUUUUGCAAAGGCUCUCGAAGUGUCUGCACGUAUUUCAACAGCUCAUGCUGCUCUCCAACUUAUCCGAUUUCUUCGCUGUCUUCCCGCCAAUCAAGCCACCGUCCAGAUUGUGGCCUUGGCACUUGAAUUCAUUCCUGCCUCGCAUAGAGAAUUAAAUCGACAACUAGAAUCUGGUUGGCAUGCUCACCUAACUGACGUAGUCAUUGACUGUGGCACGGAUCUCUGUCUCGAGCUGGUACGACAGCGCCUUGUGAAGGUGACGGAUUUAGCCGCUUUUGAUAAGAUUGGAAGCGCCGCACCCCGUGAGGUGCGUCCAAUAAGGACCUACCUCUCCGAUGUGCUGUGGCCUGCCAUUGCUCAUACCUCCAACCCAUCGAUGAAGAUUUUGAAAGAAUUAAUUGCCAUUUGUUAUCAUUCAUUUCCUGCUAUGGAGAAGAAUAGUCUAGAGGAAGAAAAUGACGCCGUAAAUCCCUACAAUUGCCUCUUAGCUAUCGCCUCAAUAAUUCCCAAAUUUAAGGGGAAUUAUGCUGAAGAAAAGUUACUGUUUUCCAGACUUGAGGAGACCCUGAUCAAUUUUAUUACCCUUGGAACAAUUGAAAAAAUCCGGUCAAGUGCCUUCUCCGAGGCUCUCAUCUCUGUCAUAGGUAAUUCCAAAGUGCCGUCUGUCAUUCGAGCUGUUGGUCUUAAGGCGCUUGGCAAGCUUGAUUUGGUGGUGAAUACAGCAGCUUUUGACAGGGUGGUUAGUAGCCUCAAUGACUUUAUUGAUUCGCCAACACCAGGUCCAUUUUUCCACAGCGCGGAGGAGGAAUUAAUUCUUAAAUUUGGCGCUUUCUCUGUUCUUCUCAAUCUUGAGAUCCCCGCACCGGAGGUGGCUAGAAUUCUCGCUACUUUUGGGGCAAAGAAACAAUGGCCACUUCUGACAAGUUGUCGUCGACUUAUCGACAAUUGGUGUGCCAAUGAACUCCUCUCCGAGGCGGAAUGUCGGUGUGUUAAGUACGGUGGUGCCUACAACGCUGAUGCAGGUGAAGUUGGAAGGCUACGUGGAACCUGUUCACCGGGUCUUGCAGCUGGAUGGUCUGGUCUGGCUGGUACAAAAACUGCUGGUGAGGUGAAUCUCAUUCAUGGCGAUCUUUUGGAUAAUCGACCUUACUUUCUAUCCGACUAUUCACUUCAGUGGAUUACCGGACCCGAGGGUGAGAUUAGAGCGUCCAAUCUCAUCCUUAGUUUGAUUGACGCAGAGAGUGAAGCCAAAGUACUGAGUUUUGACAUUUAUGGUGAUCGACUUGCAGUCUUAAUGGGAAAAGGCGAUACUAACCGAACUCCCUGGCUGUCGAUUGGCUUUUCUCUUCUUCGUGGAACCAUUCCACCACGCCAGGUGUUCUCCGGCGGUUUCACAGAUAUCAUCGAUCUGCUUUUUUCAGCACCCAAUCAACCAACACCAUUUUUUAGUACAAUCAGACUUCCUAUGGAUGUUAGACGCUACAUUCCUCUGUCGUCCGGCUGGAUUAUAAAAAAUGAUUUAAUGGGUGUCUCCUCUAUUGAAUUUUCUGCUGCUCUUAGUUCAAGCAUGUUCUCCCAAAGUGGUACCGCUCUUAUUCGAACUCGAGCGGCUGUUGUGCUAGAGAACCUCAUAACUGUGAUGACCUCAUUCAAUGAAAGCCUUCCUGUUAUUUCUGCGGUUAAUGGAAUCGGUACAGCAGCACGUUUCGACUUCUUAAUCCACAUGGAAGUGGAGGGCAUGCCCGAGUCCAUAUGUAUGCACUUUCAACGCUCGCGAAUGACACCACUCCUGCGGUGGGUCGGGAAAUUUGCCGAUUCGCCAAUACUGGGUAAACGUACCACACUCCUGCGUCCUCUUCCGACCUCCAAUGAGGGCUCCAACGAUAAUUACAACCUAACUCAAUCCCUGCGCAUUCCACCGGUGUCCUACUUUCUGGGUGGACUAAACGCCGCUCGAUGUAAAAAAAUUGGUGUCGAAAACGAGUGGAAUUAG